AUGUCCAACCGAGUGAGCGGUGGAAUAUGUGAAAAUUGUCGACACAAUACGGCCGGGAGAAAUUGUCAACAUUGUGCCGAGGGAUUCUAUCGGGACUGGACCAAACCAAUCAGUCACGAGAGUGUCUGUCUACCUUGUCGAUGUCAUCCGAUCGGGUCGUUGGUGCGCCACGAAUGUGACCGUCGAAGUGGUCAGUGCCGGUGUAAACAAGGCGUGACUGGUAUGACAUGCGAUCGAUGUCAGGAAAAUUAUCGUCAGACGCGUUCCCCGACGAACCCCUGCACAAAAGAGCUGAAAAGCAAGGCACUGGGAAUUUUCAUUGUACAACUAGGUGAGGAUGAAACUAAUGGAACUAUUUUCUCUCAUUUCACACUGACAGAUAUUGCACCACAAGGAGUCGCCCUCGCGCACACCCCAUUGUUCCAGGCCAGUUUCAAAUCACGUGAGUUGCACGGGACAAUGGCACGAUUCGAAAUGCAAGUGAUCCAAAUUUGGCGAUUGAAUCGACAACCAAUGAUCAAUUCAAAGGUAAUCUACUGGCCGAACGCCAAGCCCGAUUCCGCAAAAGACAACGACCUAAUGGGAGCGGAUGUCGAGCAGCAGUCAACACGAACACUUAUCCCUGUAUGGGUUCAUCUGAACGAGCUACGUUGCAAAUGUCCCGAGAUUGAAUUGGGUAUCAAUUAUCUAGUGGUCACCGAUUUCGAGGGCUAUACACACGAAGGACGAAUGGAACUUCGGUUCACCCCGAAAACAGCCCUUCUACCUUGGCGAUCGUCGUGGAAACGUAGACUAAUGCGAUUCCGACGACGACAAAAUCGCGGCGCGUGCGAUCGAUACAGAGAUUCGGGGAAGUUACGCAACCGGUUGACACGCACCAGUCAACGAAAUUCUGCAGCCGGGAACUGGCAUCUGACAUCUUUGAACCGACCAGAGACCAGAUUCGGACUACGAGAUAACUAUGCAAAUCCACCUACAUUAUCCGCGCAUCGAUCUUACAAUCAGUUCUAUCCAAGAAAAUGGCACUAUCCACCGUUAUAA